GGUCCAAGCCGCUGUCGCUCAGCAUCAGAGUGCGGAUCCGCUUGUGGAAGGGAAGGCGUGUGAAACCGUGGCGUCGUCACACGUUGACUAAACAUUGCUGGUGUGCAAUAUUCCUUCCCUCUCCUUGGCUAACCUCCAGCUGGAUAAAGAGCUCCCCGCCUCUCAGCCAACAUGGGUUAGACACGCCGCGACCCGCAGAGCGUCCACUUUGUGCACUUGAAGCGAGGAUGGGGGCAACCGGACUUGUUUUCGCGCACACAUCCUGACAAAGACGGCGGCUGUGAGGAAACACGCAUUUUGGGAUUUUGCACGCUUUUUUCUUUGAAGUUGUAUUGUUGGACCAACAUCACGCGUGUGUCCCAGACGAAGAGAAAUGUUUGCAGAAUUGCUGUGCAGCGCCGUGGCUCUGGUCCUAUAUGUCAACACUCUGGGAGCAGAUUUCUGCUACGAUGACAGCCGUGCAAUCAAGACCAAUCAGGACCUGCUCUCAGAAACGCCGUGGACAAAUAUCUUUUAUGAUGACUUCUGGGGCACAUUGCUCACGCACAGUGGGAGCCACAAGUCUUACCGGCCACUCUGUACCCUCUCCUUCCGCCUCAAUCAUGCUGCUGGCGGACUGGAUCCUUGGGGUUACCACCUGGUGAAUGUGGCUCUCCACGGGGCGGUGACUGGCCUUUUCACACGGCUGGCUCACCUGCUGCUCGGAGGAGGCUUAUGGUGCCUCCUAGCUGGGCUGCUCUUUGCCUCUCACCCCAUCCACACCGAGGCGGUGGCGGGUGUCGUGGGGCGCGCCGAUGAAGGAGCUGCCUUCUUCUUCUUGCUGUCCCUGCUAUGUUACAUUCGUUACUGUAAACUGCAGGGCGACGCUGGAGCUCUGCAGCCUCUAGCAUGGUUCCUUGGCAGUUUGGGUUGUGCUGCGUGCAGCAUGCUGUGGAAGGAGCUGGGAGUGACCGUGCUGGCCUUAUCGGCGCUUUAUGACAUCUGCGUCUUGCACAGGCUCAAACUGCGACAGAUUCUCAUUCUUCUCUAUAAGAGAAAUAACCUCCAUCUGCUGAUGAAUGUAUUUCUGCUGGCAGCCUGGGGCGUAAUCCUGUUGGGCUGCCGUUUAUACUGGAUGGGUAACAAGCCCCCAAACUUCUCCAACUCCGACAACCCAGCAGCGGACUCCCCCUCCCUCCUCACCAGGACACUGACCUUUCUCUACCUACCUGCCGUCAACUUUUGGCUUCUUCUCUGCCCCAUCACACUCAGCUUUGACUGGUCCAUGGACACCCUACCUUUGAUCAAGAGCCUCGCUGAUUGGAGGAAUGCUCAUACACUCCUAUUCUAUUUGGGAUUUUUGCUUCUGGCUUGGUUCAGUGUGUGGAAGCAGCCAAGAGCCAAGGGCAAGGAGACUUAUCUUAAAGCUCAUUUGUGUACCAAUGGAAAGAAUGGAAACAGCAAUGGACACAGUUACCAGAAUCAUGAAAAUGAACAUACGAGCAAUUCUUGUAUGAGCACUCACAGAAUACAGAAUGGCACCCAAAAGCUCCAGGAGAGCAGGACCUCGCUACCUCCUACAGAAAAUGUUGUGGUGUUCUCGCUCGGCCUUUUGGCUAUCCCUUUCCUCCCAGCCACAAACCUCUUUUUCUACGUAGGCUUUGUGAUCGCAGAAAGAGUACUUUACAUCCCCAGCAUGGGAUUCUGCCUGCUGGUAGCUGUGGGGUUGAGGUCUCUCUACAUCCGACUGAGAAAGAGGUCCUCUAGGACUUUGUUAGUUUACUGCAGCGCAGCCGUGAUUUUGCUUUUUGGUGUUAAGACUGUUUUGAGGAAUCGAGACUGGGAGAAUGAAGAGAUGCUCUACAAAUCAGGGAUUUCAGUUAAUCCUGCAAAAGCAUGGGGCAAUCUGGGAAAUGUCCUGAAGAGCCAGGGCAAGAUGGAGGAGGCAGAACAGGCAUACAGAAAUGCGCUCUACUACCGCAGCAACAUGGCUGACAUGCUGUAUAAUCUUGGUUUGCUGCUGCAGGAGAGCAACAAGUUCUCAGAGGCGCUUCACUACUAUAAGCUGGCUAUUGGGAGCCGGCCAACUCUGGCCUCCGCCUACUUGAAUACAGGCAUUAUCCUGAUGAAUCAGGGUCGCCUGGAGGAGUCUAAGCGCACUUUUCUAACCUGCGCUGACAUUCCAGACGAGAACCUGAAGGACCCUCACGCCCACAAGAGCUCGGUCACCAGCUGCCUGUACAACUUGGGGAAGCAGCUUCAUGAGCAGGGACAACAAGAGGAGGCCCUCUCCAUCUUUAAACAAGCAAUACAGAAGAUGCCAAGGCAAUUUGCACCGCAGAGCCUCUACAACAUGAUGGGAGAGGCCUAUAUGAGACUAAACAAACUGACUGAAGCUGAACACUGGUACCGAGAGUCCCUGCGAGCCAAGCCGGACCACAUUCCUGCACACCUCACCUAUGGAAAACUGCUGGCUACCACAGGGCAGAAAUCAGAAGCAGAGAGGUACUUCUUGAAGGCUAUCCAACUGGAUCCCACAAAGGGCAACUGUUACAUGCAUUAUGGUCAGUUCUUGUUGGAAGAGUCACGCCUGCUGGAAGCGGCAGAGAUGGCACAGAAGGCGGCGCGACUCGACAGCGAGGAGUUUGAUGUGGUCUUCAGUGCUGCUCACAUGCUCAGACAAGCCAGCCUGAAUGCAGCAGCUGAGAAGUAUUACGGACAAGCAGCAAGCCUGAGACCCAACUAUCCUGCAGCCUUGAUGAACUUGGGAGCAAUCCUCCACCUCAAUGGGAAACUUCAAGAAGCUGAAGCUAAUUACCUCCGAGCGCUGCGCCUCAAACCGGAUGACACCAUCACCCAGUCCAAUUUGCGAAAGCUGUGGAACAUCAUGGAGAAACAAGGCCUCAAGACCACGAGCCCUUAAACUCCUGUGGACUGCCUCCUUGGCGAAAGGAUGACAUUCACGCUCAGCUUGUUGACAUGAAAGAGACUCAGGGAGGAUGUUUGCAAAUACAGAGAGGUCCUGAUGGUGCUUCGGCGCCCAUGUCACUGCUCCUGCACACACCUUAACUUUUGACAAAAGUGUCCCAAGUUUGGUGUGAUUGUAGCUCCUUUUUUCUAACAAGAGCACUUGAAAUGAAGGUAGGAAUGAGCUUCCAUCCUGAAAUGUUGGACAAGACCGUACGGUAUUCAGAAUGCCACCCAAUACAUCAAUAACCAAUAAAAGAUUAGAUUCAAUUUGAAAGGAAAUAUUAUAAAGAAAUAAGGUAGCUGGAAUAUUUGAGACUUGAAAAGGGAAUUAAUUUAUUUGCUCUCGCAGCACAACAAAGGCUCCAAGAGUUUAAGAAAGUACUAUAUUUGUAGCCAAUUACAGUUUACACACUUGGCCUGAAAAUGGAAACGAGAAAGAACUUGGACCUGUGAUAUUUAUUAUGCCUUCUGAGACUUUUUCGAAGCGGUGCAAGUGUCAUGUCGGCGCUUCUACGGGAAUGAAGAUUUUGUAGAACAAGUAGGAAGCUAUCAAUGGAAAAAUAAAUUACCUUCCUAUGGAAGUUGUAAACAAUUUAAGGACUGGUAUGGGAGUGCGGGUGUCACCACUUGUCAUACAUGUCACACGCUUUUAUUUAAUACGUCAAUGAGUGAAGGAGAUGUUCUAGCCAAAUACAAAAGCUAUCUAUAGCCAUGCUGACCUUUUCUACAUUUAAGGAUGCAAAGACUGAAGAGAUGUUUUUAUCCCCGUUUUUUGCAUUGCACUAAACUAAUUUGAUGUGUUUUUAUAAAAUGAAUCCUAAUAUAUUAUACCCAGUGUGUAUUUUAAAAAGAAAUAAAAAAGAAAAAUGUAGUCCGGCAAAGAGUGAGAGAUAUGUUAGUUUGCCUCACUACAUUUGUUUUUCUCCUCUUUCUGGUGUUAGUCUCAAUGUGUCAUGUCGUACAUUUUGUGUCAUUAACAUAGUUGCUGUUGUCAGCCUAAAUUAAGUGAAAACGCAAUUUCUGGAGAUGAAAACAACGUACAGAAUCGGUGAUAUUUACGAGUUGUCAUCAUUGAGGGAGCCACUUUUUUUUUUUACUGCAUCCCACCACGUGGAUUAGUGCAAUUCGUUUUCCGAUUUCAAAACAAUACUUCAGGAAAUUGUGAACAACAUGCUUAUUGGACACACCAGUCAGAACAAGACAUGCUAAUAGACAACAAUAAGAGAACAAGGUGUUUUUUUUAUUCUUGCCAUGUUGGCCACAGAGACACAAUUUAUUGCACCUUGAGCCAAGUAGGUACCGUGCAGUGGAAAGUGGCCAUUACUUUGUAAGUUAUUGUGUUGUGUUACCACAGCAACGGAACCAGCUGGCACUGUGUUUUACAUGCUUAAUGAAGAAAGUGUUUGUGUUUUCUUACAUGGAUUAAGUCUUGACAUUCAUUUGAAGUACGACUUUGAUAAAUAGUGCAGUUUUGAAUGUGGUAUCUGAACUUGCUCAUGUCUUUUUGGUGAUUAGUCACGCGUGUAAUACCGGUACAGUACAUUUCCAUUCACAUUCCUUCCCAACUUCAGACACUCCACAAUGUGUGUUUCAGUGUUACGUAGUGUGUUUUUGAGCAAACUGCUAAUUGCUUGAGUCAAGUGUCCCACUCUGUGGCUCAGCUCAGGAAUCUCAAGCAUUGAGUUGUUGCAGAAACAAUUCUUCACAGAGCUAAAUUAUAGAUUUAUUUUUGAAAGCUGUUGUAUAUAAUAUUGAUAUUUGUAAUUUUUUUUUUUUUUAAUGUUUGAACAGAACUUUUCCCUGAUGUUGCUUUUCUUUCCCCUAAUAAAUUUAUGCUAUCAUGCAUUUGAA